CCCUUCUGUCCUGCCUUUCUUCCGCCCUGGUCGCUGCUGGAACGCCGAGGAGCGCGAGCACCGCGAGCACCGAGCCCAUCUUCACUCCGCUCUUAUCUCGCUCUUUAUCUCCUGCCUUUACUGGACCCCCUAAACCGGGGAGGACCCCCUUAUCCAUCCUUCACCUACUGCACCUACUCCACCCCCGCACCCACCCUCUGACCGCACGCGCCUGCGCAUCCUCUUCCUCCCUCAGCCCCUCCACCCAACAUCAUCCUCAGCAGCAUCAGCACCACCAACCACCACCACCAUCACCUUCCUUCAUCUCCUCCAUCACUGCACCCAGCUGCUGCACCCACACACAGAGAGGAAGAGGAGGGAGAAGAGGAAGAAGAAGAACACCACUAUCAACCACCGCCAGCAGCUGAACGCACGGGAGAGAGGAAAGAGAGAGGGGAGAAAGAAAGGAAGAGCGAGGGAGAGAUAGAAGGAGAAAGAGGUGAGAGAGAGAGAAAGAGGAUGGCGGACAGGGAGCAGCUCAUCCAGAGAGCCAGGCUGGCCGAGCAAGCGGAGCGCUACGAUGACAUGGCCUCAGCCAUGAAGCUGGUGACGGAACUCAACGAGCCGCUCUCCAACGAAGACCGUAACCUGCUGUCCGUGGCCUACAAGAACGUGGUGGGGGCGCGGCGCUCCUCCUGGCGCGUGACCUCCAGCAUCGAGCAGAAGACGGCGGCGGACGGCAGCGAGAAGAAGCUGGAGCUGGUGCGGGGGUACCGCGAGACCAUCGAGAAGGAGCUGGAGUCUGUGUGCCAGGACGUGCUGACCCUGCUCGACCAGUUCCUGAUCAAAAACUGUGACGAGAGCCAGCUGGAGAGCAAGGUCUUCUACCUGAAGAUGAAGGGAGACUACUACCGCUACCUGGCCGAAGUGGCGACCGGAGAGAAGCGCGGCUCCGCCGUGGAGUCCUCGGAGGCGGCCUACAAGGAGGCCUUCGACAUCAGCAAGAGCAUGGCGGCCACGCACCCCAUCCGCCUGGGCCUGGCGCUCAACUUCUCCGUCUUCUACUACGAGAUCCAGAACGCGCCGGAGCAGGCCUGCCAGCUGGCCAAGGAGGCCUUCGAUGAGGCCAUCGGUCACCUGGACAAUCUGAAUGAGGAUUCCUACAAGGACUCGACGCUCAUCAUGCAGCUGCUGAGGGACAACCUGACCCUCUGGACCAGCGACCAGCAGGACAAUGAAGGAGGAGACCCCAAUAACUGAACCCUUAACUCUACUCUCCUGCAAUCUAGCUAGCUGUAGUAGCCCCCCAUAGUCCUCCUGAUAAGUCUCUUCUCUUCUCAGAUCUUCUCUUCUCAGAUCUUCUCUUCUUUUCUCAAAUCUUCUCUUCUUUUCUCAGAUCUUCUCUUCCCAGAUCUUCUCUUCUUUUCUCAAGUCUUCUCUUCUUUUCUCAAAUCUUCUCUUCUUUUCUCAGAUCUUCUCUUCUCGAAUCUUCUCAGAUCUUCUCUUCUUUUCUCAGAUCUUCUCUUCUCAGAUCUUCUCUUCUUUUCUCAAAUCUUCUCUUCUUUUCUCAGAUCUUCUCUUCUCGAAUCUUCUCAGAUCUUCUCUUCUUUUCUCAAAUCUUCACUUUUUUCUCAAAUCUUCUCAAAUUAUCUUUUUUUUUAAUCUUCUCAAAUUUUCUCAAAUCUUCUUAAAUCUUCUCAAAUCUUCUCUUCUAAUCUCAGAUCUUCUUGGAUCUUCUUAAAUCUUCUCUCUCUUUUUUUCUAAUUCUCUCUUCUUCUCUCAAAUCUGCUCAAAUCUUUUCUUCUCAAACCUUCUCCAAUCUUAUCUCUUCUUCUCUUCUCUUCCCUUCUUAAAUCUUCUCAAAUCUUCUCCAGUCUUACCCCUUCUUCUCUUCUCUCGAAUCUUCUCACAUUUUCUCAAAUCUUCUCGAAUCUGUUUCAAAUCUUCUCAAAUCUUCUCUUCUUUUCUCAAAUCUUCUUGAAUCUUCUCCUUUCUCUCCUUUGAUCCUUUUGAUCAAAUCUUCUAAUCUCAGAUCUUUGCAAAUCUUCUCAAAUCUUUUGUUUCUGCUUUUUUUUUUGUUUCUCUCUUCUUUUCUCAAAUAUUCUCCAAUCUUCUCUUCACCACACCCAGGGUUGCCAUUGCCUUAUGGACCCUGGCAGCCUUUCUUUGUUUUGUUGUUGUUGUUUUUUUAUAUAAUUUGACUCAAUGUCAGUCUUUCACUCUCUUUCUCUGUUUUCCUCUCUUUCUCUCCUCCCCCCUGAUCUGUUUUCUGUGUGCUGUUCCCAUCCUCCCUCCAUCCUCCUCCCUGCUCCCUCCUCCCUCCCCCUCGUUCCCUUCCCCCUCGAUGAGUCGCUGAUAAUUAGCCUACUGGUCUCCAGGUGACAUUUACUUAGUGUGUUCUCUCUAAAGGACUCUGGAUCUCUGUAGGGACUCUUUAAUUAACACUAAUUGAUGGGGGCGGGGUUUGGGGGCGUGUGAGUUUGUGUCUGUGGCGCCGUACAGUGAAGUUGUUCCACAUUAUUUGCCGAAUCGCGUGGUUGUAACCUCUUCCUCACUCGUCUCCUCAUCUGUAGCCCUUUAUCACUGCUUUGCGAGUGUAUGCGAGUGUGAGUGAGUGUGUGUGUUUGUGUCCCUGCCCAUGCCACUCUCCUGUUGUGAACACUGUUAGCCCUGUGAAUUGUGUACGUCCGCUGAUCUCCGGUUGGCGAGCGAUCUCCGGCCGGGGGUCCGGCGGCUCCAGAACCUUUGGUUGAGGUUUUUGGCGCGACGUGUGAACGAAAGAAUGCCAUUAAAAUCAGAAGCCUGCCAUGGGAAAUCUGAA